AAAGCGUUAUAUAAGGACUUGAUGCUCAUCAAGGAAUUCAUCUAAGUUGGUGCCUUGGAGGUCGAAAUGGUUUGUCAUUUAUUUGUGUCAUUUCCUACGUUCACUUUCACUAAACCGCCACGUAGAGCUCAGUUCGUUCUUGGAUUAAGGGAAAAUUGCAGUUUUAGUGGCAAAGUUAGAUGUAUUGCUGCUCAAACCAAUGCUAAUGAAAAUAUUGUGAGACGAUCUGCAAAUUACCAACCUCCCAUUUGGGAUUAUGAUUUUGUGCAAUCACUCACUAGUGAAUUUAAGGGAGAGGUGUAAUGAAAACGGAUUAAACAAGCCUGAAGAAGACGUGAGGUUAUGCUUAACCAACCCAUCAAUACUUUGAAUCAACUCGAAUUAAUUGACACCUUGCAGAGACUCGGAAUAGGUUAUCACUUUGAAGAUGAAAUAGAGAGACAAUUGAUGGGUAUUUACAGUAAACGAACUGGCGUCGCAGGGACAGAGGAUAUACAUGCUAUAGCUCUUGAGUUUAGACUUCUAAGGCAACAUGGCUACAGCAUAUCUCAAGAUGUCUUCAGUAAUUUCCAAGAUGAGAUGGGAAACUUCAAAACGUGCCUUGGCGAGAACUUAGAGGGAAUGCUUUCUCUGUAUGAAGCAUCAUUCCUUGAAGAAGAAGGUGAGAGUAUCUUGCAAGUUGCAAGAGAUUUUACUACAGGUUAUCUCAACGGGUACAUUAAACGAAACAAGAAUGACAAAUAUACAUCCAUGUUAAUAACCCAUGCACUGGAAAUGCCAUUGCAUUGGAGGAUGCCAAGGUUGGAGACUAGGUGGUUCAUAGAUAUAUAUGCGAGAAAACAAGGCAUGGAUUCUCUUCUGCUAGAGCUUGCUAUGUUGGAUUUCAAUUAUGUCCAGGCAAUACACCAAGAGGAUCUGAAGUACUCAUCAAGAUGGUGGAUGAAUACAGGUCUUGCAGAAAAGUUAAGCUUCGCAAGAGAUAGGAUAAUGGAGAAUUUCCUAUGGACAAUAGGAAUGAUAUUUGAACCACAAUUUGGAUAUUAUAGAAGAAUGACUGCAAAGCUUUUUGCACUAGCAACAACAAUUGAUGAUAUCUAUGAUGUGUAUGGCACCUUGGAUGAACUUGAAUUAUUCACCGAUGCUGUCAAAAGAUGGGAUGUCAAUGCAAUGGAGCAGCUUCCAGACUACAUGAAGAUAUGUUUCUUAGCUCUUCAUAACUCAAUAAAUGAAAUAGCUUUUGAUACCCUCAAAGAACAAGGGUUAAACAUCAUUCCUUACUUGAAGAAAUCCUGGGCAGAUUUAUGUAAAGCUUUCUUGUUAGAAGCCAAGUGGUACAACGACGGAUAUACACCGACUUUAGAAGAAUAUAUUGAUAAUGCAUUAAUCUCUAUAGCAGGUCCUUUGUUGUUAGUCCACGGUUAUUUUCUUUUAAAAAAUCCAGUAACAAUUGAUGCCUUGAAAGUCUUGAAGGAAUAUUCCAAUAUAAUUCGAUCAUCGGCCAUAAUCUUCAGACUUGCAGAUGAUCUUGCAACAUCCUCGGAUGAAAUAAAAAGAGGCGAUGUUCCAAAAUCAAUUCAAUGUUACAUGCAUGAAACUGGAGCAUCAGAAGUAAGAGCUCGUGAGCACAUUCAAUAUUUAAUUAGCCAAACAUGGAGAAAUAUGAAUAAAGAGCGAGUUGUUGAUUCUCCAUUUUCAAAACCUUUUGUUGGCCUAGCAAAUAACCUAACUAGGAUGGCACAAUGCAUGUACCAAUAUGGAGAUGGGCAUGGAAUUGAAGAUCAAGAAACUAAGGAUCGCGUUUUAUCAUUACUCAUUCAACCUGUUGUUGGCAUGAGCCAUGGUUUGUAAUUAAAAAAAAUAUCGAAAAUUCAUAUUUUGAUGAUGUCUAUUUAUAAACAUAGUCAUGAAUUCGCACUAUAAAGGAAUUAUAAUUCCUCGA